ACGCUGUCUCCAAGUGAUGCUUCUCAGCGACGGGAGCGAGUGGUGCAGACCCCUCCUCCCCCCCAGGAGCGAUCUCUCGGGAUUAUUUUCGCUCCGCACGGUAUUGACGGACCGAGGAUUCCCAGACAUGUGGGCUUCUCGUGAGAGUCAGCUGCAAGUGGACAGGACGACAGGGAGCACAUUGUGAGAGAGAAGAAGAAGAAGAGAGACUUCGGGGAAACAGGACCGCCCGGAGCGUGGAGCUCAGCGGAUGUCGGGAUCUCUAAAUGGCAUAGAAAGAACGAGUAACAACAUAUUCUUUGAUUAAUUAAAACAAGAGAGAGAGAGAGAGAGAGAGAGAGAGAGAGAGAGAGAGAGAGAGAGAGAGAGAGAGAGAGAGAGAGAGAAAGAGAGGCGGAGGGUCGCGAUCAGCACAGUUCGCGAUGAAGUGAGUGGAAGCUCGGUAACUUCGCCAUGAAAUCAGUGUUCUUCAGCCGCUUCUUCAUCCUGCUGCCUUGGGUCCUAAUAGUCAUCAUCACGAUUGAUAUCGACAGCAAAAGAACCAUCUGGACUCCGGGCGGUGUUCCGCGCAACAGGGCGCAGUGGGCGGGCCGAACACCUGGGCUCGGCGGUCCUAAGAGCCAGCCUGCCCUGCCGGUCAUCUACGCCAUAACUCCCACUUACACGCGCCCGGUGCAGAAAGCCGAGCUGACGCGACUGGCGCACGCUUUCCGCCAGGUCCCCCAGUUCCACUGGAUCGUGGUGGAGGACUCCACGGGGCGCACGGAUCUGGUGAGCCGCUUCUUGGCUCGGUGCGGGGUGCCUUACACGCACUUGCACGUCUUCACGCCGCGCAGGUUCAAGCGCGCCGGGAUGCCCCGUGCCACCGAGCAGAGGAACGCGGCCCUGGGGUGGCUCAGGCAACACCGGACACGCCGAGACACGGGGGUGGUCUUCUUUGCGGACGACGACAACACUUACAGCCUGGAGCUGUUUGAAGAGAUGCGGAACACUCGAGGUGUGUCUGUGUGGCCAGUCGGGUUUGUGGGUGGCAGAGCAUAUGAGCGCCCACUAGUGUCAGGGGGCAGAGUUGUAGGCUGGUACACUGGCUGGAGACCAGACCGUACCUUUGCCACUGACAUGGCAGGUUUCGCUGUGAACCUCCAGGUGAUCCUGGCGAAUCCAAGGGCACAGUUCAAGAGACGGGGAUCCCAGCCAGGAAUGCAGGAGUCCGACUUCCUCAAGCAGAUCACAAAAGUGACGGAGUUGGAGCCCAAGGCCAACAACUGCACGCGGGUGCUGGUUUGGCAUACACGCACUGAGAAACCACACCUUGGAAAUGAGUCUAAACAUCCUAAGGACACAGUUGUCAUUGAGGUGUGAGAUAUGAAGAGAAGUGUAUUUAAAACCAGAAUGGGCUUCCGGAUUAUGACCACAUGGCUGGCAGCAUAUUGCUCGUUCUCCCCAAUGAAUAACAACCUAACACUGUGCAAGUGCAUCAGUCGAGAACUGUCAACAUGAACAGUGAGAGUCGGACACCACUGAACAAUGUCCAACCAUCUACUUUCAACGCCUGAAUGACACUUCAGGGUUGACAGAGGGGGCUGGAGUCAAUCCCAGGUGACCUUGGUCCCAGACUGAUCACCUGUCAAUUAAAGAGCAGCAAUGGAAAGUUUGAAACACCACCAAUGACUGCAAACUGUACAUUUCUUCCCUACUUGGUUGUAAAAUAAAAAAUAAAUAAAAUGAAAAAAAUCAGCAUUGUGUUUAAGUCCAAAUGUGAUUUUUUUUUUUUGUGAUUUAAGCAUGACUUGAGGUGUGUAAUACUGUGAUGUAACCCUAAACAAUCAAGACUUGUGGUCUGUUUAAAAGUACUUGCCAACAUUGUCUGACAUGACUACUGUAACAUUCCGAGUUAAUGAUCAUCAGAGAUCUGAAUGAAUUGUCUUUCAGUUCUAUUUGAUAAAUGUGUGUUUCAUCAUCUGUACCAACCAAGACACAAAACAUGUUUAGGAAGAGGACCAUAAAGUGAUGAGAUCAGUGGGUUAAUUAAUUUGCAUCUUGAAGCAGUUAAAGCAAAAUGGAAUUCAGUAUUUAUACUCUGGAUUCAGGCUCAACUAGAAGAAGAACAUAGUACAACGAUGAGAAGUUGAAUUCAAGUACAGUACACUCUUCUGGGCAACAUUACUUUGCUUCUGGGCAACAUUACUUUGCUAAAUGCAACACUGGAAUAGGAGUCAGAACAUUCUGAGAGAUUGUCAGUGAAGGAUGUGAAAUGUCAAAUACCCACCCCAAAUCAGAGGGGAGACACGUUUUCUAGUAAUGGAAGCAAAGGCAGAGGAUGAUUUCAGGUAGGAAUUCUGUAAAUUGCAAAGUAAAGUGGUGCAUGCAAUGAGCCUUGAGGGUCCCCUGAAGAGGUCAUGGAAUAUACACAUAUGACUGCUUUACAAAGCAGCAAGAAGGGAAGUAUUCAAUACUCAUAUCUUGUAUACUUUGAUAACUUGGUUAGUCUUGUUAGCCACCGAGAUAAACAGAAGCUGUGAUCUUUUUACAUCUCUAUUUGUGAAUGUAAAACAAACAAAAUUGAUUGUUUUGAAGCUUUAUGACAUGCACGAAUAUCCUUCCUGUUCAGUACAUAAUACACAGAAAUCCAAUUUCUUAUCACCUUCAAGGUCUUACAGAAAAGAAAAAUGAAGAAAUUCUUCCAGAUGUGGUGUCUUUAUUCAUAAUAAUGAAUAAAAAGUUAAUGUGGUAACAAUUUA